AUUGCCCCCCCCCCUUAUCGCCCCUUAAUAUAAGGAGUGAAGAGAACGGCGUCACAAUAGUUGAAUGUAGAAAUCAUUACUGCACAGACUGCAUAAUGUGCAUCGAAUAACGAGUAAAAAUAAUUCUUGCGUAAAUACAAAUAGCGAAACGUAACAUUCACAUUUUUUAUCGUUAUAUGAUCAGUUCAGUUCAGAUCAGUGAUCAGUUCAGAUAAUAGUGAUGGAGCUUUCUACUUUGCUUCUGGGUGUCCUCACAGCAUGCAUCUGUGUAUACUAUGCUAUUAUUACCAAGUUAUCUCACUUUGCGCGACUGAAAAUUCCAUAUGUACGACCAGUACCACUGCUGGGCAACAUGGCGCCCUUAAUUUUUCAUCGAAUGGCCUUCGUACAUCUUCUACAGAAAAUGUACAAUCUUUUCCCAGACGCGAAGUACUUUGGAUUCUAUGAUUUCACCUCACCAGUCUAUGUAUUACGUGACCCGGAACUGAUUAACGCCGUCUCCAUUAAAAAUUUCGACCAUUUCACGGAUCAUCGUAACUUUGUGAACGAAGAUCAAGAACAAAUUGCCAGCAGAAACCUAUUCGGGCUGCGGGGUGAUCACUGGCGCGAGAUGCGAAAGCUUCUCAGCCCUAGCUUUACGUCCAGCAAGAUGAAAAUGAUGUUCGGUCUAAUGUGUGAGUGCGCCGAGAAUUUCACCAAUUUUGUUGCAAAUGAAUCUGGAAAAUCCGGCAAGACAUAUGACAUGAAAGAUCAAAUCAAUAGAUACGCUACCGAUGUGGUCGCCACGUCUGCCUAUGGCAUCAGCGUAGAUUCGUUCAAACAUCCGACCAACGCAUUCUUCACCAUUGGCAGAAAGGCUAUGUCUUUUGACUUUAAGGUGAAUCUAAAACUUUUCAUAUGCAAACAAGUGCCGGCAUUAGCGAAAUUUCUCAGAAUCAAAACGUUUAGCUCAGAGGUGGAAAAUUUCUUCAAAGAUAUCGUUACCGAGACAGUGAAGACCAGAGAUGAACAGGGAAUCUUUCGACUAGACAUGAUACAGCUAAUGAUGGAGACAAGGGACAAAAAUUACGGGCCUGCAUUUGACAUUGACGAAAUGACCGCGCAAGCAUUUGUCUUCUUUCUUGCCGGAUUCGACUCCGUAUCGACGAUCAUGUGUUUCUUGGCGCAUGAGAUCGCAGUAAAUCCUGAUGUUCAGAACAAACUUAGAGCCGAAAUUGAAGAUGUCCUCAAACAGACCAAUGGCAAACCUACUUACGAGGCCAUUAAUGGCAUGAAGUAUUUGGAUGCUGUUCUUACUGAAACUAUGAGAUUAUAUCCGCUAUUACCUUAUCUUGACCGGGUGUGCACCAAACAUUUCGAAAUGCCGCCAGCCACUCCAGACGGCAAAUCCUUCACGAUUAAGCCAGGAGAGAGAGUUUGGAUUUCAAGUUUCGCUUUACAUCACGAUCCCAAAUAUUAUUCGGAGCCAGAAAAAUUCAAUCCAGACAGAUUCCUAAACAGCAGUGUGGACAACUCGAUUUACAUGCCAUUCGGUGUCGGACCUCGAAUUUGUAUAGCUAUCAGAUUUGCUAUGAUGGAAAUGAAAAUUAUGAUAUUCUAUCUACUAUGGCGUUGCAUUGUCGAAUUGGAUGCUAAAACCAAAAUCCCAUUGGUGAUGAAGAAGGCAUCGUUCUCAUCGUCGGCGGAGGGUGGUAUUUGGUUAAACCUGCGGGCGAAAAAUCCGACUAUUUCCAUUACAUCAUGCUCGUCAAACGGAUACAACUCAGACACGAAAAACACAUAAAAUAAUAUGUUUUACAAAUUUCUAUAACACCAAAAACCAUUUUUUCUUAUACAUAUGUAUACAUGUAUAUAUUACAUAGACAUAAUUAAAUAUUAACUGGGCAUAAUUUAAUAUUUGGAAUACUGAAAUAUAUGUUAUAUGACAUUUUGAUAUAUCUAAAUACCCGAUAGUUUAGUUGUAUCAGUGAUAAACUGUUACCACUUGCUGUUUAGAAAUUGUUGUAGCUUUGAUAUUUUCACAUUAGAAUGUUCGACUUAAAAUAUUUCAUAAAAUCUGCCCAUAAUAAUAUUACCGGUUUGAUUUUGAAACAUUGUUUAUCUGUAUUUAUAUAAUAUUUCUAGAUACUGUAUACGUUUAGUAUUUAGUAUACAUGGGCGAUAUAAAUUGAUUAAUUAAUCUUUCUUAUAUUUUAUUUUAAAUGUUUGUUUUCUGAAAUUUGUAAGGACAAGUAGGAGAGAUAUAUUAAUAUUUUGUUAAAACUAUUAUUUAUUAUUAUUAUUUAUUUUGUUGUUAUAUAAUAUUUAAUGAAUCUCAAGUUUUAUGUAACAGGUUAAAAAUGUGCAAUUAUAGAUCACCUUUUCACCCAUAAAAUAAUUCCUUGUAAGUACCGUCCUUUGUAGUAUGGGAAAAAUAUGAUUCUAUAAUAAUA